AUGGACGUCAUGGGACAGCUCCUCUGCUCGGAGAUUCGUAAGGGUCAGCCCGGUACGCCCAUGGCUCAACGAACGGUUUUCGGUUGGACGUUGUUUGGAAAUGUCGAUGGGUCCGAAUCCGCUUCGCUCGGCUUACAGUCUUUGCAUUGUGAAGUUCAUUUAGAUCGAGCGCUCACUAGACUUUGGGAGUUAGAAGAAUCACCGAAAAAGGCCCACCUCACUUACGAAGAACGCUAUUGUGAAGAGUUUUUCGAAAAAACGCACAGAAGUUCACCUGACGGUCGAUUUAUAGUAGAGCUGCCACUGAAAUCAGACGUACCCUUGGGAGCAUCACGAAGUUAUGCUGUUCGAAGUUUACUAAGCAUCGAAAAAAGACUUGCGCGAGAUGACGACCUACGCCAACGCUACAAUGAGUUCAUGCAAGAACUCAUCGACAUGAAGCACAUGGAACUUGCACCACCGCCAACGGAUCAAACGUUCUAUAUGCCGCAUCACCCCGUUAUAAAAGAGUCAAGUGUCACGACUAAAUUGAGAGUCGUGUUCAAUGCGUCCGCCAAAACCACAACCGGGAAUUCAACGCAUCGCUACGCAGUAACAGCGGACAUCGCGAAAAUGUACCGCCAAAUAUGCAUGUCCACGAAAAACCUCGAUCUACAACGCAUUGUCUGGCGUCGUGACCCGACGUUACCCAUAAAGGAUUAUCACAUGUUGCGCGUUACUUAUGGCGUUGCCGCUGCGUCCUACUUAGCAGUUAAAUCGCUGCAACAAACCGCAAAAUAUUCGUCACACAUUUGUGAGAAGGCUGCUGCCGUCAUCCAUAAGGACUUUUACAAGGAUGAUCUCCUCCCUGCUGCGUCUUCUAAAGAAGAGCUGCUAGGUUUACAACGAAACGUCUCCGAAAUACUGAAGGAAGGGGGUUUUGAACUUCGAAAAUGGGCGUCUAAUUGUGCGGAGCUUUUUGAAAAUGUUUCGAAUGCAUCAGAAAAUAUAUCACACUACCUAGUCGAUAGUAAAGAUGUCCAUGCCUUGGGCCUUAUAUGGAAUACAGAGGAGGACUACUUCACGUUCUCAGUUAAUUUGAAUCAACCACCCACUAUUUUAACGAAGAGAAAUUUCUUGUCUGAUGCUAGCACGCUUUUCGACCCACUGGGUCUGCUCGCUCCAGCGACCAUAAGAUCAAAGAUGUGGUUUCAGGAGAUCUGGCGUAUGAGUGUCGGUUGGGAUGACGUUAUUCCAGACUGCAUCGCAGCACAGUGGCGACAACAUCGCUCGGAAUUGCUACUGCUAUCAAGUUUAAAGAUAAGUCGCUGGUUUGGCACAGGAGCAGGUGAGUCGUUCACUGAGCUACAUAUUUUCGCUGACGCUUCCGAGCGCGCUUACGCUGCCGUAAUGUACGCGUGCACAUUACACAACGACGGCAGUAUUACUGUCGUGCUGAUCUCGUCGAAGACUAAGGUAGCACCGCUUAAAACAACAACCCUGCCGCGCUUAGAAUUGUGCGCUGCACAUCUUGCUGCUAAAUUGGCGCAAAGCGUGUUACAUAGCUGGGGUGAUCUCCGCUAUCCGAUCUAUGCUUGGACUGACUCAACUAUCACAUUGGCAUGGCUUCAGGCGCAUCCUAGUAAGUGGAUAACUUUCGUUGCCAAUCGCGUUGCUGACAUACAAGAAGUUUUACCGCCUGAAUGUUGGAACCAUAUCCGCUCUGAACUGAAUCCAGCAGAUUGCGCUUCUAGAGGUGUAACUCCGUCUGAACUACUGCAUCAAAAACUAUGGUGGUCUGGUCCUGAAUUCUUAAAAGGUCCUGACCAUUUCUGGAAGUUAUCACCUUCGCAACACACAACUCAGUUGGGCGUUCGUAGCAAGGUCGUCGCCCAUGCUACGAGCUCAGAUGACCACUGGCCUGUAUUGAUGAGACAUUCAUCGUAUUCCAAGCUGCGCCGCAUCAUUGCUUACGUGUUAAGGAUUUUCGUCAACGCUCGAGUUAAGACACGAAUCAACGCUGCUAAACGGCAAAAGAAAGCCGAUUCCGCUUCGGAGUAG